AGGCUGCUGGGAGGAGACACUCCAGCUUUCGCCGCUACUUGCAGCUAUGAGGUGGGGAGCCACCAACCGCAGGCCUUCUCACUGAGCCCCGCCCCAGACUCUACAGGGAGGGGGGCACCCAGUGCUGUGCUCCCGUCCUUCCUUUCCUAGCCUAAGGCGUGCAAACAGAGCGCCACUGGGAGGCUGAAACCUUUAGGCCGAUGCCUGCUUGCAAGCUCAGGCAAGCUGGAUUCUGGUCCCCACCUUUGCAGAGAGAACAGCGAUGUUGAGCGCCCAUUUCUCAGAUCAAGGACCGGCCCAUCUUACUACCUCCAAGAGUGCUUUUCUCUCUAAUAAGAAAACAUCUACUUUGAAACAUCUACUGGGCGAGGCCAGGCGUGAUGGCUCAGCCUGUAAUUCUGGAAUUUCGGGAGGCCGAGGCAGGACGAUUCCUUGAGCACAGGAGUUCCAGACCAGCCUGGGCAAUGUAGCAAGAC